GUUUCUUCUCGCUUUACAGGAGGUGAUCGGAGGAGACCGGUAGAGGAUGUCUGUAAACGAGGAGGGGUACGUGGUGAGGAUCAGAGGACUGCCCUGGUCCUGCACUCAGGAAGAAGUGGCCAGUUUCUUUUCAGAUUGUGACAUUGUAGGGCAAGUCAAUGGGGUGUGUUUCACUUACUCCAAAGAAGGCCGGCCCAGUGGAGAGGCAUUUAUUGAACUAAAAUCUGCAGAAGACUUCAAAAAUGCUCUUGCCAAAGACAGAAAAUACAUGGGGCACAGGUACAUAGAAGUUUUCAAGUCAAAUCUUAGUGAGAUGCACUGGGUGCUGAAGCGCUGUGGUCCUGCCGACUAUGACAGCUGCAGUGGCUGCAUGCUGCGACUGCGAGGCCUUCCAUUUGGAUGUAGCAAGGAGGAAAUUGUUCAAUUCUUCUCAGGGUUGAGAAUCGUGCCAAAUGGGAUUACUCUGCCAGUGGACUACCAGGGGAGGAGCACAGGGGAAGCCUUCGUGCAGUUUGCCUCAAAGGAGAUAGCAGAAAAGGCUCUGGGGAAACACAAGGAAAGAAUAGGGCACAGGUACAUAGAGAUCUUCAAAAGCAGCCGUAAUGAGAUCCGAGCCUACUAUGAGGUACCUCGGAGGGGUCUCGGAGGACAGCGGCCUGGACCCUAUGAUAGACCAGUGAUGAGCGGUCCCAGGGGAGGGUUCUUCGGUCCAAGCCCUGGACGAGGAGGUGCCCUGAUGGAUAAUAUUAGAGGUGGUGGGGGUUAUGGUGGAGGUUAUGGAGGGUUUGACAACUACAAUGGAUUCAAUAAUUAUUGUUUUGGCAAUGGCAUGUUUGACGAUCGAGGCAGAGGAGACAGAGGAGGAAGAGGUUUGGGAGGUCAUGGUCAAGGCGACAGUAGCUCUGGCUUCCACAGUGGCCAUUUUGUCCACAUGAGGGGGCUGCCUUUUCGUGCAACAGAGGGAGAUAUAGCAAAAUUUUUUGCACCAUUGAAUCCACUGAGGGUUCACAUUGAUGUGGCUCCCAAUGGCAAAGCAACUGGAGAGGCAGAUGUCGAGUUUCGCUCACAUGAAGAUGCAGUUGCUGCAAUGUCCAAAGACAAAAACCACAUGCAGCAUCGCUAUAUUGAACUUUUCCUCAAUUCAACUGCAAGUGGCACUGCUGAAACAAGCAGAGGCAGUGGUUACUAUAGUAACUCUCGGAGCGGUCUACGAUCGGGAUACUGAUUCUUCGUCCUCUUUGAGUCCAGCUAUGUUUUUGUGUUACAUCUCUUUUGGCCACAUUUUUCCAGAGCUGAUCUGACAUCACUGACAGAAGUGAACGUAACUAAUAUGGAAAUCAUUGAAACUUGUAUGGAAAAGUAGCUUUUGGUGUGUUUUAGACACAUAUCACACUAACAUAAAUUUAAAGCAAUUUGUUUUAUAAUUAAGUUAUUUUUUAAACACAAAUAUAUUUAAGUUUUUUGUGAGGUGGUGUAUGUUUACUUUUUGGACAAAGUCCACUGUUAUUCUGAUUUCAGAUCAGCUAGUGACCUAAUAAGAUGAAUGUCAGCCUGUGUGUUUUAUGAAUGUUUUGGAAGUUCAUUAAAUGAUUUAAGUUUAAUAUUGUAUUCUGCUCUUGAAGAGUAGAAGUACAAAAAAAAGUUUAUAUUUCAGCUGCAAGAUGGUAAUGCAGCUGUUGUACAUUUGCAUAUUAAAUUUUAUAUUUAAUUCUCA